GGCGGCGGCGGCGGAGGAGGAGGAGGAGGAGGCAGAGCUCUGUGAGGAGAGAGGCGGGCCCGGCGCCGCGGAGGAGAAGGGACGGCAGCGGGCCGGAGUCGCCUUCGACAGCACCACCGGCGCCAUGGACGAGGAAGGCGGCGGCGGCGGCGGCAGCGUGCCCGAUGACCUUUCCACAGAGGAGAGAGAAGAGCUGUUGAAUAUUCGUCGUAGAAAAAAGGAAUUAAUCGAUGAUAUCGAGAGGCUGAAAUUUGAAAUAUCAGAGGUUAUGACGGAAAUCAACAACUUGACAAGCGUAGAGGAGUGCAAAACUUCACAGAGGAACAAGCAAAUAGCUAUGGGAAGAAAAAAAUUCAACAUGGAUCCAAAGAAGGGAAUCCAGUUUCUCAUAGAAAAUGACCUCUUGCAGAAUAUACCAGAAGACAUUGCAAAAUUCCUUUAUAAAGGGGAAGGACUAAAUAAAACCGUAAUUGGAGAUUAUCUCGGCGAAAGGGAUGAUUUUAAUAUUAAAGUACUUCAUGCUUUUGUUGAACUCCAUGAGUUUGCUGAUCUCAAUCUUGUACAGGCCUUAAGGCAGUUCCUGUGGAGUUUCAGGCUUCCCGGAGAGGCGCAAAAGAUUGACCGCAUGAUGGAAGCGUUCGCUUCACGCUAUUGCCUUUGUAACCCUGGAGUCUUUCAGUCUACAGAUACAUGCUACGUGCUUUCUUUCGCUAUCAUCAUGCUGAACACCAGUUUACACAACCACAACGUAAGAGACAAACCAACGGUGGAGCGGUUUAUAUCUAUGAACCGCGGCAUUAACGAGGGCGGAGACCUCCCGGAAGAAUUGCUGCGGAAUCUAUACGAAAGCAUUAAAAACGAACCUUUUAAAAUUCCAGAGGAUGAUGGGAAUGACUUAACCCACACGUUUUUUAACCCGGACCGAGAAGGCUGGCUGCUGAAACUAGGAGGAAGAGUAAAAACAUGGAAAAGGAGAUGGUUUAUCCUGACAGAUAACUGCCUGUAUUAUUUUGAAUACACAACAGACAAGGAACCCCGAGGAAUUAUCCCUUUGGAGAACCUCAGCAUAAGAGAAGUUGAGGACCCACGAAAACCAAACUGCUUUGAGCUGUACAACCCCAGCCACAAGGGCCAAGUCAUUAAAGCCUGCAAAACAGAGGCGGACGGCCGGGUGGUCGAAGGCAACCAUGUGGUUUACAGGAUCUCUGCUCCAACCCCUGAAGAAAAGGAAGAGUGGAUCAAGUCCAUCAAAGCAAGCAUCAGCAGGGACCCGUUCUAUGACAUGCUGGCAACCCGGAAGAGAAGAAUAGCUAACAAAAAAUAGCGCCGACCGGGAACUCCCCAAGGACCUGCCGCAGCCAAAUUGCAAACGCGGCAACAAAACCUAGUCCCUUCUCGGAAAACAGCACAACAGCCUUUCAGCGUCUUCCCCUUUCUGUGGCCGUUCGUUAUAUUCCACAAGAUGCUGGAAGAUGCUGUCGGUUUUGCUCGGCGACAAAACCCACCAGCCCUGGAAGCCUUAUACGCAGUCCUACGUGCCACGGUGUUUACUGAGUCGGGAGAUACGGGAGGCGGACGGAACAUGCUUCUCCUCGGGGACUUUUAGGAUGGGGACUUGUUGCUGAAUGGGACGUUCACGGCUCGUGGAUUCCCUGGCAGUUCCUUCCCUGCAUGCAAGAACAUUUUUGUGCUCAGCCUUCGCAAUGCAGAGUUUGAACCUUUGGUUGUUUUGUGCUCGUUCGUCACCCAGUCUCUUGCACUGCGGUUUAGCCCACAUCCACCACGAAUGCACAGAAGGAUAAUAUUUGUUUUCUUCGGGUCUGGCAGCUGUCUAGUUGAACUGACCUUCUCCCUGUACACUGCUGGGAUACACAUGGACAACACGGAUCUCUCUGUGACUUAAACAGUGACAAGAACGGCCUUCAGCAGAAUCAAUGUAGCUUACUUUCAUUUUUAGAUGCUGUGGCCGUGUCGUCCUUCCCAGUGUGGUCCAAUCUUGUUUUUACAGAAAUGUAUCGUGCAGUCCGAUAGUGACUGUCGAGACCAUUAUGCAAUCUGCUUUCUAGAAUGUCCCAGGCAGGCUGGUGUGCGAGGCCCAAAUGCUUUUUCAAGACGCUCAGCUUUAACUGUUCUUAUUUAUUUCCUUAUGAAGAAGAUGAAGAAAUAAGGAAGAUUUUUUUUUCUGGGAAUAAGCCAAAAAAUGGUCUGUGUAAGAUUAUUAUUUUGUCGAGAGAGACAGAAGCGAGAGGCUGGGACCAGGAAUCCAAAUUUUGUUUGGUGCCAUUUUGCAAAAACCCCACCCCCGUUCCCACCCCUAAAUUUGUUCUGAGCAUUGUCUGGCUUAAUGAAAAGGUGGAGAAAUUGCUGGUUGGGACAGGUAAAAGCAGAGGACUUACUGCUCUCCCUCACCUGAAAUGCAAGCUGCACCCUCUUGCGCUGUGCCAUUGCUAUUCACAUGUGGCCUUUUCAGUAGAAGUAGAUUUGUGUGUGUGUGUGUGUGUGUGGCUGCCUAGAAAUUAGGGUGGUGCUCACUGAUGUGUAACAGAAAACAUUAUGGGCGCAAAAUGUGGAAUGGCUAAGAAAUACAGAAUUCCCAAAAACUCAACUGUGCUGCGUAUGGAGGUCCAACUCAAAAAGACGAAUCAGUGUCUGCACUGGGUAUCUACGGAUUUCCCGUCAUUUUCCAAGCACGGUUCUCUAGACUAGGAAAGUUCUCUUCCCGAGACCUCUCUGAAUUAAAUUAGAACGAAGGGGGAUUGAUGGUCUCACUUGGCAAAAGCACAGCCUUGUAUCUCCUCUCGUGGUUUCUACGUCCCCUUAAAAAAGAUCAGUUCUGUUGUGUUUGUAAGCAUGAAGGAAAACGCCUUAACAAAAAAAGACUUUGUGUUAUAUUUCUCUGCAAAACUUGUUCUCGUUUUGUUCAUACGUUCAGUGGAAUCGCCGUAUAAUGUGCUUGUGAGUCUUAACCAGGUUAUUGGCUCAUCCAGAGGCACCAGUUCUCACAGGGCUUAAACAGGUGUGUAUUUGUGUGUGGUGGGGUGUUGUGGUAAUUGCACAUGAACCAACAUGGGGAUUGCCGGUGUUCUAAUUGGGGUGGGGGGAAGUGGCGAUGGAUUCAGGGGUCAUGUACGCAUCCCGGAAUGCAAAUAUAUUGGUUGCCGACCGCUCUCCUUAAGAGGAGUGAAUGCUUUUGUUUUGGAAGUGUCAGAAUGUUUGCAGAAUUCCUGAAAUGCUGACAGUAGACGUGAGGUUCUGCUGUAUGUAAUUCAGGGAGACUUCCGUGCCUAUGCAGGACAAUUUCGCGUCCAUUCCUCGUUGGGCUUCUGGGGCCAGGUGUGUGGGUUUCUGGGGCCUUUGGUGUGGGGCAGGGACUGGAGGGGCAAAAUAGACACUGUCGCCUGCAUGAAUCGGGAGAGAGCGCUGCCUUCCUAAUGCACAAUCUCUGACGUUUUGGACCUGCCGGCAUUUGGGCAGUUCUCCCAGAGGCUCAAGGCAUGAGCCAGGCCGAGUCCCUACGAGCAACAUGUUGCCAAGUGCAGAAACCAUUCCCAGCGUCUUGGCAUGCUGAAGCUAUGCGUAGACUGGUCAGCAGUUUCGGUUUGGUACCCUCGAAUGCUGGGGGAGGAACGCAUCAAUUCCCGCGGAGUAGAUUCCUUUCAAGAAACUUCCUGCCAAAGUGGAGAAGUACAGAAGGUUUACAGGUUGCUGUUGUACAUAUGUUUAUUUAGCAAGGAUGUCAGCCAUAAGCACUGGGGGGCGGGGGUUCCCCCCCCCCAAAAAGGCAGAAUUUGUGGGAAUGCUACGGCUUGUGAAAGUGCUUCCCAAAGCCGUUCUUCCCAAAGCCGUGUUGGCUUAUUUAUUCUUGCUCACCGAGGUAGGACGUGAGAAUUAGCUUUGUUUGGGGCUGUGAUCAGACCAAGGCAAGUGAGGUUAAGAGGUUGGUCCUUCUGUCCUGUUCCUUCUUUGUAAAGUCAUCAGGGUCUGUGAUUCUCAUAAAGAGGAUCUUCAGCGAAGGAAAAGGAGAUAAUCUCUCUGCUCUGACAGAAGCAUCCCAAGAGCACCAUCUUUUGUCUUUUUUAAAAAAGCUCGCUCUUCGCUCAGCAAGAACAGUACAGAAGGGAAUACUUCCAGUUUUUCUAUUUCCUUUUCCGCAGCGGUUGCCUUUUGCCCCGUGCUUUGGCCGCAUCCCCGGCUCAAGGGGGAAAGAGGAACAACGGUGCUUUUAAGCUCACCUGGCCUGGCAAGUGCUGAGCCGAAGAGACAAGAUAAAUGUUCGCUGGUCAACUUUUGUGUGGCUUUGACGUGUGUGGUACAGAAUUAAACCUUUGUGAUCUGAGCAGCAUUUCCAGUGCAUAGCAUUGAGGAAAAUAUGCCAGCUUCAUUACAUAUCUUGGUAUAUUUGCUUGGCUAGAUGGUAAGUAAAUCUGUUAGAUCUGGGGCAGGCAUACCAAUGGCUCCCUAAUAAAGCCAGCCUCAGAAAUACGUGCACCCUUCUGUUGUCUGUCCCACCUGUUUCAUAGACUAAAAGGUGCACUAAUAUUAACUGUGGAUAAUGCCAGAGAGGGGAGGGGAAUGUGUUCACGUGUUCCCCAGAUCUGGUUUCCACAUCCUGGCUGGCUGGGGCAAGCUAAUUUGUAGUGUACCGCUUUUCUUUUCUUCGUAUCUCCUCGGAGAAUGUUUCUAUCGACAGUUAAGCUUAAGGUAAAAAAAUGUACAUGCUGUACAGCUGUGUUUUUGGUUUGUCGCCUCUUGUAUGCCAGUGGAUUGCAUGAAAAAAAAUAUCCUGUAUUCAUCCUUGUUAUACAAAUUUGUGAAACGGCUGUUUAAAUCCAAUGAAAGUAAUAGUUAUCAAGAUACACUACUCGAGGUUAUAUCCUCAUUAAAAAAAAUAAAGAAUUGUACAUAAA